AUGUCCCCUGGUCAUCGCAUCGUACUGGCUCCUCAAACGGCAUUGCAAAGCAAUUCAGACACCAUCUGGGUUGCUUUGGACAGCAACCUCGCUCACGACGCGCGGAAAUACAACAAGCUCUACGUCGCAGUUUGGGCUCUACGUCAUCAGGCCAAUGUCACUAUCGCGCUAACUGCUACACCGGUGCUGACAAGACCAUCUGAUCUAUGGCACGUUGGUCGCUUCAUGGGACUGUCUGGAUUUGAAGGCCCCAAUAAUAACAACAAAUCUAGGACUAUGAACAAGGAGAUAAACGCAUCUCAGCGUAAAGUUUGUAGGUCGAGAAAGCAAGACAACCUUGAUGCAACCCUUCUUCGUGGUGUCAUGGUUGGUAACAACAAAUUUGCUAACGACAACGCGUCUGAAUAUCGCACAUCCAUCCUCAGUUGGAUGAACGUCAUGCGCGACAAAUUCGCGGGUUCAGUAAUUCGCAGGACUGUGGACUCAAAGGAUUUCAGUCAACAGCCAAUUUCUGGGUUGUCCCCUCACACUGAGCACCCUCUGCUACUUUCUAUGUACAAUUGGGAGCGCAAAAACUUGCACAACAUCGCAAAGGAGCUUGUGGAUGAUCAUCCAACUGCUGCGUACUACGGCGCUGGAAAGAGCUCUUUACAUCCAAAGGCGAAUGAAGCCAGGAACACAGAGCCAUCGGAGAAGCCAUUUACAUUGGAGGAAUGGUGUGAUAAGGCAAUGGUGACUGUGAAGCUCGAUGUGCUCGGACAAGUGAUCGACUAUCACCUCCAGCAAGACGGACGUCAACUGGUGAUGGCAACCGAGGAUGGGCGUCAUAUUCAGCCAGACAAUCGGUACGGAUCUUUCGAACGCAACCCAGCAGAGUGCGACAAAAUUGUAGUGUAUUCAGCAUUCCCGACAUCUAAUCACGCAAUCUUGGACAUUCUUGCCAUUUAUGGCAUUGAAGCUGUAGAAUUGAACGGUAGCGUGCCGGUGAAGAAACGUCAAGCAGCCAUCGAUGCCUUCCGCACAUCUAACAAGGAGUCAGGACCUUGUGUGCUUAUUCUUUCAGGCGUUGGUAUGGUAGGCUUAAACUUGGUGUUCGCUAACGUCCUGAUCAUUGUGGAUACUUUGUGGUCUGAUCAGGAGGAUGCUCAACUACGGGGCCGUGUUUGGCGUCAACCGCAAACGAAGCAAGUUCACAUUUAUCGUCUCAUUGCCACAGGAACUCCGGAUGUAUUCCUCAACAAUAUAUCAUUUGAUAAAGGAGUUAUGCACGCCGCCUUUGUUGGCACAGAUGUGAUCUCUUUGACGGACGACGACGACGCCAUUCUCUCCUUGGGCGAUGAUGACAACACGGAUAUCCCUGCUACAAGCCGAGGCAAAGGCAAAGCGGUAGCAAAGCCCAAAAUCCGCCCAAAAUGCAUGGACAAAGGGAAAGGAAAGGCCGUCAGCAACGCUCCAGACAAUUCCACAACAGGAUCAUGCAAGCGGAAGCUAAAGGAGACUCAGGCUGACCACGCUGUCGCGCAGAAGAAGGCUCGGAAGCAAGCCCCUUCUACUUCAAUGGCAUCCGGAUCUGGCGCCCCUAUGGACCUCGAUCCUCCCGAACCCUCAGUCACGACUCUCCCCUCCGUGCAGCAACUAAGGAUUGAUGAUCCGCUGUUUGAUCAAGACCCUGAGCAGGAGGAAGAAGCUGCGUUGGCUGCGUUAAAGAAUGUGGAUUCAGCGUCAUCCCCGCUUACACCGUUGCCAUCUGCAAGCGACGUAGACGUUGAGGAACAUCAGACAACCGUUGAAGCGUCGAAGUCAAAGGAGACAAAGGGUCCCAAUAAACGUCGUCGAGGGAAACGCACUCAUAUUGCAUGA